GUCUACCUGAGUGACACAGGGAGGGUUUUUGGAUACACCGUGCGUCUGGAUGUACACACAAGGACGUUUAUAACAAUCCCGUAAAUGUGUAUUCGUCAUUAGGAAUAAGCUCGUGAUAUUAUUUGAGAUAUAGACAUAUAGACAUGGCAAGUGUAGGAGUGGCCGUUGGCGCGUCGGUUACAGAAGAGCGGGCGGUUUUCACGCAGCUGAAGCCCGUGCGGAUGUGUGGAGCGGACGGCCCUGAGGACUCCGUGUUUGAGGACGUUAAACCCGCGACACGGAUGGAGAUGGAUAAAUAUUUGCCCCAAAAUGGCCUAAUGCUGUCCCCACUUAUAACAGACAAGCCAAAGUACCGUCGAGACAGUGCCUCCGUGGUGGACGAGUAUUUUGCGGAUGAAAAACCUACUCCGUACAGCCUUAACAUCAACGUCAUCCUGCCCAACACCACACACCUCCGUACAGGCCUUUAUCGUCCGAACAAACCUCCGGUGCAUUCGAUCAAAAUCGAGCCAGGGGUGGACGAACCCUGCAGCAUUCAGACGCUCCCUGACUUCACCUCCGUCUUCAGCGUGCCCCAAACGGUCAACAGCAUGUUCAUCAAACCGGACAUGGGCGUUACAGAUGAGCUCCACAUUGGCCCUCAGCAGCCUUCGGUAUACCAGAUGCCCGUCAGCAGUAGCGACCUAGCCACGAUGACCUUCUCUCAGAGCCAAGCUAUAAAUGGAGUUGGCGCGUCUGGCCGAACCAUGCUCAAUCUGAACACUGUGGCAAUAACAACGCAAUCCGGCGAAUUUGCCAUGCCCGAACCUUACUACACUUCACCACAGCCGCACAGUUUGCCUCCGUCGCCACCCAACUCCCAACCCGGAAGUCCGGAGAACCAGGCAGAGCUCAUUACAUCCAUCCCCCCUCCGCCAUACCAGGCUAGGAUGGGUAUGAAGAUUGGACAGAUGACCCCUCACUCCAUGCUAAUGGCCCAUGGUCAGGGCGUCCUCACGGGGCCUAGAUACAACCGACGAAACAACCCUGAGCUGGAGAAGAGGAGAAUUCAUCACUGUGACUUCCCAGGAUGCACCAAAGUUUACACAAAGAGCUCCCAUUUGAAAGCACACCAGAGGACUCAUACAGGUGAAAAGCCAUACCGGUGCAGUUGGGAGGGAUGUGACUGGCGCUUCGCCCGAUCGGAUGAAUUGACGCGGCAUUACCGCAAACACACAGGGGCGAAACCGUUCAAAUGCAUCGCCUGCAGUCGCUGCUUCUCCCGUUCGGACCACCUGGCGCUGCACAUGAAGCGCCAUCAAAACUAAAGGACUUUAUAUUUGUACUUUUCACAUAAAUAUUUCAAUCAUUUUUAAACGGCGAUCAAAAAAUAGUAUACAAUAUACUACAAGUACAAGCUCUGCCAAUUACACACAGGACUCGAUGCUUAUAGACCGGACAUUAUAUGACACCGUCAAAGAAAGAGCGUAAAAGGAUGUAUAGUGUACAUAUGUUUUGUAUGUGUUUAUUGUGAAAUGUUAUGAAUUUAAUACUUGACCUCCAUCAUGUUUAAAUUUGAAAAUGCAUUUGUUGGGACCAUAAAUGUCUUCCUAAUAACUUGAAAUGUAAGGCUUGAAUUAAUCAGUCCAAAUUAAUUUAGAUAUUUUAACAUUAAAAUCUAGUGUAAUGUAGUUAAAACGUGUGACCACAAAACCAUAAGAGUCAAUAAAAAAAAUUACAUCUAAAAAUCUGAAAUAUUGGUGAAAAAAAUCCAAAUAUUAAUAACAUUUAAAGUUAUUAAAUUACAUCAUUAGCAACUGCAUCACAAAAAAAUUAAAGUUUUGAUAUAUUUAUAGUAACAAAUUUACUAAAUAUCUUCGUGGACCAUGAUCUUUAAUUUAUAUCUUAAUAAUAAAGAAAAAUUAUUAUUUUGGGCCAUACAAUGUACUGUUGGCUAUACCCGUGCUACUUAAGACUUGCGUUUUGUGGUCCAAGGUUACAUAUUUGUAUGGAAAUCCCCCACCCCUAUUGAAAAUCUUAAGAUGUUUGCUUUUGGAUACGAUACUGCCAUACAAAACUGAGUUACCCUGAUGUUUGCUUUUCUCACAGUUCUGUGUCUAUGGUUACAGAUCUUUAUAGGAUUGUGUAAAAAGCACGGCUCUAUAUAUAAUUCACUGCUUUAUAGCUUUUCUGCUCUUUGCAUGUCUCAGAAAAUGGAUGAUGGGUGUGCAUUACUAAGACAGUUCAGCCUUCAUUUUAGUAUGAAAAAUUUGAGCUAUUGCUAAAACAAAUGCAUUUGACAGAGUUAUUUCAACAACAGCAGAUUGUUUAUUGAAAAACAACAUAAACAUUGCAACAUUUUUGUAUCAAGAUUCACCCUUUAAAUAAAAUCCACUUUACAAGGUCACGUAGAAGGAAGUACCUCACAUUUGUCCCCUCAAGAACAAACCUUUUCUGUGUUUUGAAUGCGAUGAGAGCAUGACAGGCUGUAUGCUGGAGCGACCACACUGUUUUUAAGAGUUCUCAAGUCCCCUUCAUCUUUGUACAUGUCACAGUUAUGAAGGUGAUGUAAAUACUUGUAAAUACUUUGAAGCUGAUUUUGACUUUUUAUUAUGAACAAAUGGGAUUUUGUUAAGCUUGUCUUGAAUGUGGGUGAAUAGAUCUGGCAAACUAAGUGAUGAUCGGUUUAACAUUUUGUAUUUUCUUGUCGAGUACAGAAUUUUGAAAAUAAAAGAACAAUCACAUUG